CGGGUGCAGUGUGUCGUUCCCGCGCUGGCAGGCUACAUGGCGGCGGGCGACGACUACAACGUGAUAGAGGUGGACUGGUCGGCUGGAGCCAGCGCCUUGUACCCGGUGGCGCGCGGCCACGUGGUGGAGGUUGGCGCGCGUGUGGCCAAGCUGCUGGACGCGCUGGUGGCCUCGGGGCUGAGCUCGGCCAGACUGCACCUGAUUGGCCACAGCCUGGGCGCGCACAUAGCAGGCGUCGCCGCCAACCGCUUCAGGGGAAAGGUUGCCAGAGUCACCGGGCUGGACCCCGCGGGACCGCUGUUCGGGGUGGGGGAGAGCGCGGCGGACAGACUGGACAGCAGCGACGCUGGGUUCGUGGACGUGAUCCACACGUGCGCCGGGGUGCUGGGCUGGAAGAACCCCAUCGGACACGCCGACUUCUUCCCCAACGGCGGCGGGAUGGUGCAGCCCGGCUGCAACAACGACAUGGCGGAGCUCGGCCUGGGCAGCUGCAGCCACACCAGAUCCCACAAGUACUUCGAGGAGUCCAUAACCACCAGGACUGGCUUCGUCGGGAAACAGUGCGCCAACUGGGCAACGUACAAGAGCGGCAAGUGCGCCCAUAACGCGCACGCGCUGAUGGGGGAGAAGGUAUCGACAAGUGCGAAGGGGACAUAUUUCCUUGCAACCCGGAGUUCUGCACCAUUUGCUGAAGGCUGAUUGGACAUAGGCCCUACAUCUAGCUUAGAAAAUGGAACUGUGAUUAACUUGAUAAUUUAGUCAGUCAUUAAAAAAACUGUCUUAAUAGGUUCCUUGUGAGCCAUGCAAAUUA